UCCGUUUCCACCUUGGUAAUCUGUCACCUCGUCCUGAGUGGAGUGGACGGAUAUAAAGAACUGGACUGCACCCAGGCAAGGAGAAGUGGCUAGGAAAGGAUAUUUUCAAAUAUUCGAACGCAGCCAAUAUCUCAGCGCUUUAUGCGGGUCAGAGGAGAAUGAAGGGAACCUGAACAGCUGAGUGUGUUGUGCUUCUCUGACGAAAGUGUAACAAGAACAAUGGUGGUCACAGCUGUUUGUGUAUAGAAACUGCCUAGGGUUUAAACGAUUGGACUGCGGACUGAGACAAGGAACCACCGGAUGAAGGAGCGUUUAUAGGAUGGCAGGAGUGUUUGACAUAGAUCUGGAGACUGAGGACAUCAGUGAUACAGAGGAUGAUGUCUGUGAUUUCACUGUGACAGAACCAGAGAAUGUUCAGACAGAGGAGGUGGAGCUGACCAGUGAAAGUGUAAACAGAGACAGUGAGAGAGUUGGACCUGACUGUUUUGAGCUUUUAACGGUGCUGGGAAAAGGAGCCUAUGGCAAGGUUUUUCAGGUGAGGAAGGUUCAAGGAGCUCAGACGGGGAACAUAUUUGCCAUGAAGGUCCUGAAAAAGGCAAAGAUAGUGUGUAAUGCUAAAGACACAGCCCAUACACGUGCGGAGCGGGAGAUCCUGGAGACGGUGAGGCACCCGUUCAUCGUGGAUCUGCUCUACGCCUUCCAGACUGGGGGAAAACUCUACCUCAUACUGGAAUGUCUGAGUGGAGGGGAGCUGUUCAUGCAGCUUGAGAAGGAAGGCAUCUUCAUGGAGGACACUGCCUGUUUCUAUCUCGGAGAGAUCACAUUGGCCCUGGGUCACCUCCACUCUAACGGGAUCAUUUACAGAGACCUCAAACCUGAAAACAUCAUGCUUAAUCACCAAGGACACAUCAAGCUUACUGACUUUGGCCUCUGUAAGGAAUCCAUUCAUGAUGGAACGGUCACCCACACCUUCUGUGGCACCAUAGAGUACAUGGCUCCAGAGAUCCUAACCAGGUCGGGUCACAACAGAGCAGUAGACUGGUGGAGCCUUGGGGCCCUGAUGUACGAUAUGAUGACAGGAUCACCUCCAUUCACAGCUGAAAACAGGAAGAAGACCAUCGAUAAGAUCUUGAAGUGUAAACUCAAUCUGCCCCCAUACCUGACCAUCGAUGCCAGGGACCUCAUCAAGAAGCUAUUGAAGAAGAAUCCAGCCCAACGGCUUGGCUCCAGUAAAGCAGACUGUGCUGACAUUCAGAAACAUCCGUUCUUCAGGCAUAUCAACUGGACUGACCUGCUGAACAAGAGAGUGGAGCCGCCAUAUAAGCCACAACUGCAGUCAGAUGAGGAUGUAAGCCAGUUUGACACCAGAUUUACCAGACAGACACCGGUGGACAGUCCGGACGAUACCACACUCAGCCACAGUGCAGAGCUCGCCUUUGCUGGUUUCACCUACGUGGCUCCAUCGGUCUUAGAGAGUCUAAAGGAAGGCUUCUCAUUUGAACCACGAACACGACCUGUACGCCGACACAACAGCAGCCCACGCACACCCAUCAGUCCCCUCAAAUUUUCCCCAGCUGGACCUUUCAAGUCCAGUAUUGACAGAGAGCCGGACCUUUUCUCUCCCACCUCUCCACCGGCAGCUCCAGUUUCUGUGCCUCUGGAAAACGGAACUGCCAGUCAGCCGAUCAGGACGCCUGCAAGGAACAAGAAGCAGAAGGGACAUCGGAGAUGAGGAGGAAAUCUUCAAAGAGCCAGCCUGGGCUGCAAGACCUUUGGUCAGAUUCUUGUGUUUAUUGGAACUCAGUUUCGUAGUAUAUAGUGAGUGUUGGGGCACAGAGCUGAAGUGUUUUUGCCUGUAUCAUGCUUUCUUGAAGUGGAACAUAUUAGAGGUCCAUGAAAAAUGGAAAGCUCUCCAUUUGCACUUCUCUUUCCACAGUCAUCUUUGAAAACAAAUCCAGUAGUAUUGGGGCUUAGGGUUCAGGACUUCCUGUUUGUCAUAUAUCUAUCUACACAGAUUCACUGGAUCAACAUGGAAUUUCAUGCUUUUAUUUUUAACUAUCUCAGAUGGUCACUUAAGUGCAUAAAGCUUUGAUUUCUAGCUUCCAUAUCUCUGCACUAAUAGUUCACACUGUGGCACCGAUAUGAGAAACAAUGCCGUAAUAUCAAUAUUUUAUAUGAAAAUCACUGGAAAGAGGGCAACAGAACCAAUGAUUCUUUACCAGCUUCACUGAAUCUACUGUGAGGAGUCAAGAUCAGGUCAUUGAUGGAUUGAUUGGUAACAGUUUGAUUUUGUUUGUAGAUGCUAGUAAAAUUACAGCAAAAGGAAGCUGUGAUAUCAGGUUGUUUUUUUGUUUUUUGUUUUCAUUUAAUUAGUUUGUCAACUUUUAAUUAGUUCAGUUUGUGCAACGAGGUCGGCUAUCACAGGCUUACGUUUUCAUCAGAAAACUGAUGAAGGAUCAUUUGACUGAAGUCCUGAUUCUUUUCCAUCAUGGUCGAACUGUGAAACUGACCCUCAGCCAUCGUGUUUGGGGUGGAACUAUACCAUAUAGAAAUCUACUGAAUUAAAUGCUGCAUCGCACAUGGAAGAUAAUGUUUUCACUAAUGUCAUACUGGAUCUUAAGUGAACAUUUCUGUGUAAAAUAUGGUGACAUUCAUCAGUGUUUUUCACUUCUCUCAGCUUUCUUUGCAGAGAAUAUUCAUGACUACUGCCAAAGCUUUUAACACAUCCUAUCCUCAUAUUGUACAAAUGGACCAAUCUCAUUAUAACAGAGUGCACUUAAAAAGAGGGAUAUAAUGUAUUUAUUUAUUUAGGUAAAUAAGAAGGUUGUAAUGUAUUUCAUCAGUUCAUCAAAAUAGCCCCUGUAUAGUAAUCCACAUAUUACCAUGUGUUCACAUAAGUGCAUAGAUUCGUAUAAUUAGUAUACUGUACAGUCAGAGCAGGCUGUUAAAAGCUUUGCUCUCUAAAAACAGAUGAUAAUGUAUAAAAAGUAUUUUGGGUUACUGAACAAACGUAUUUUUACACAUAAAAUCUAAGUCAAGUAGUAUUUGAAAAAAAAAAGUCCUAAAUAUUUCAGAGUAAUUGUCAUUGCCUGACAAACUUUCGGGGGGUGAUGCUGUCACUGCAGGUCUGCUUAGUCAAACACUAAUUCAGCACUUAGAUCACAUGAAGGUUAUGAGGUUCAUUUGAUGCCAAGAUUCUUUUAGCUUUUUUUUUUUUUGGCUUAGAAUAAAUCAUUCAUAGAUUGAGGUAAAUUCAACCAAAUUAUGGCCCAUCUCACUGCAUUUCUCUACAAUACAGUACAAUAAAAAAUAAAGCAUUAAGCAUGCAUGAGUCUUAAACACAGGCAGCUCUUCAAGGCACAGAGAUGAAAUUAUCUUGAGCAGGGAUUUCAAUUCAAAAUAUUACAAAUUAUUUUAGGUUAACAAAGUAUAUUAGUGGUUAAAAGGAAACAACAGCCAAUUUUAGGGAUCCAAGCAGCUUCACUGCUGAAGCCCUAAUGUUUCUGUUCUCAUUCUUCCUUAUUGUUUAUUUUUUUGCCAUUUAAACUGUUUGUGAAGCAAAUAUGCAAGUGCUGUCCACUAGAACAGAGAAAGCCAUGACAGGUUUUAGCGCACUUUGUGAUGGACAUUCAACUCACCAGAGAAUUCUGGCUAGCACCAGGCACAGCAUAUUAAGCUAUAAAAAGUUUCAGAAUUACGGUACUUGGUCUUUGUCGGUACUUGGCCUUACUGGUGUGUCAUUCUUGACCUUGGAAACUACAGGAUAGCUGCGAUUUCUGUGUUCCAGUGGACAGCACUUGGUAACUACUGGAAGACGAAAGAAGUCAGAAAGGUGUCACACAGUUUCCUGUCUUUUAACUGUUUUUGUUAACAUAAAAUAGAUUUGAAGUGACUGCACGUUUAUUUAAAUUGCAGAUGUUGAAAUUCUAUACUCCAUUCAUAUCAUCACUGGCAGACAGUCACUGUUUACUGCGAUGACUACUUGGUUUACUGGCGCACCCUCACAAUAUGCACGUACAAGAGCAGAUUGUAGUAUUUUAUCCAUCAUGUUAUAUAGCCUCCAGAACAAUAAUACAUUUUUUAAUUGGCCGUUGUUCCCCUUUAGACAAUAUAUGAACUGUACAGCUUUCAAUCAUUGCUCUCAAUCCAUUGAUGUAUAUAUAAUUUGUGGUAAUGGAAGUGUUCAAGUAUUGUUUGGAGUAAAAAGAGUUCCUGUGAUUAACAUGGCUGAAGACGUUAACAUGUGCUUAUAUUUGUUGGCUAAAUCAUCCAUUUGCUUCAACACUUCAACAUGUUGCCUGUCUGUCAUGGUCUUCACUGAAGAAUAAAGAAUAUUCUGUAUUUUA